AACCUUUCUUCAACCUUGACUAUAGAGUUGCGUUACAUUUUUAUAAAAAUGCCAAGAGUCAAGAACUUCACGUAUUCUAUUAUCUAAUUAGAAACUUGUAAAUUUUACUAUGGUCUACAUAAAAUAGUAUAGUAAGAGGGAUUGCGCUUGCGCAUAAGAUUCGCUUAUAUAAGAGUCCGCUGUCAUUUGGCACGCACAUGUACACGUUAGUAUAUAUAGCGAAUUGAUUGGAAACAAGUGUUAGGUACAUGUAUAUAGAUUUUUACGCUAUUUGGUUAAAAUCUCGUAUAAAUGGUAGAUUUAUUUUUUUCUGCUUUUUAGUUUACUCAGUUGUGAUGCUUAUAUUUUUACCACUUCAAAUAAUAAAUAUAUAUUAUUCGUUUAAUUUAUAAGAAAACAAUAGUAGAGUUAUUUUUAUAAUCGUUUCUCGUACACUUGAUUCGUUUAUGUUUAAAGUAAGUUAUUAGAGUUCCUGAUUUGAAUACUUACAUAAGCUCAAGGAUAUUUAAUAUGUGCAGUAUCCUAAUUAUACGGCAUAGUAAUACAAAAAUUGCCAAUAUAGUUACAAUGGCGUCAGCUGGCGCGAGACCGCGAGUGCUGGUGGUUCACAACGACACACCUCAGUCUGCUUUAGAUUUAUUAAAGACAAAAUGUGAUGUUACACUUAUGAGAAGUAAUUGGCCCACGACGAAUGAAAUAUUAAAAGUAAUUCCUGAACAUGAUGCUCUUUUUGGAGUGGUUCCUAUUGAUGCCAAAUUUCUAGAUGCUGCGGGAAAUCGAUUGAAAAUAAUUUCAACUCCAACUGCCGGUUUUGAUCAUUUGCACGUCGCUGAAAUUAAAAAGCGAGGUAUUAAAAUUGGACAUACUCCGAAAAUUCUGUCGGCAGCAGUGGCUGAAACUGCAGUAUUCUUAUUGUUAGGUGCAGCUAGACGCGCUCACGAAGGACGUUUGCAACUUGAACAAGGAAAGACUGGAUCUGGAUUUUCUUGGCUGUUAGGUCACGAUUUGCGAAACAAAACUGUAGGAAUUGUCGGACUAGGUAACAUUGGCGUUGAAAUUCUUAAAAGGUUGAAGCCUUUCGAGAUAAAAAAGUUCGUUUAUACUGGCCAUUCACGAAAACAGAUUGGAGAUGAACUUGGUGCUGAAUUUGUAUCUUUGGAUGACCUCCUUAAACAGAGUGAUUUCGUUAUCGACAGCGUACCUCUGAAUUCAGAAACAGAAGAAAUGUUUGAUGAUGAUGCUUUUAAAAAAAUGAAAAAGACUGCUGUUUUUGUAAACAUCGGUCGAGGCAAGACCGUUCAUACGGAUGCUUUGGUCAGAGCUUUGAAAAACGCAACGAUUUUCGCUGCUGGACUUGAUGUUACUGAACCAGAACCAUUACCAGUGGAUCAUGAACUACUGCAGCUCCCGAACGUAGUAAUCGUCCCUCACAUGGGUACACAAACCAUUGAGACAGAAAAUGACAUGGCCAUAGCAGCUGUUCAAAAUAUACUCUAUAGUUUUGAUGGCAAGCCUUUGCUUUAUGAAAUCUGAUUAUUUGGCAUAGAGAAUAUUCC